AACACAGAGUUCAAGCAAAGAUAAAUGGAUAGACUUACAAUCACAAUGCAAGCUCUAUUCUUGAUAGUUCUGUCAACUGCAUGCAAUGCACAACAGCAGGCGGCUCCGCCGUUGUGUGCGACAAAGCUAUUGCCGUGUUUAAAUUCAUUGAAUACGAGCACACCACCAGAGACAUGCUGCAAAUCGCUGACCGAGGCUGUUGCGCAGGAUAUGAGGUGCCUUUGUGUCAUCUUCAGCAGUCCAGAUAUCCUGAAGGCAUUCAAUCUCAAUCUGCAGCAAGCUUUGAACUUGUCCUCUGGUUGUGGUGUGUCCAUUGGCCAGACAGCUUGCUCUUCAGCUGGUCCUGCUGCAGAUCCUCAAGUUAAUUUUGGAACUUUGGCAUUUAAGAUGAACUGGAUUGGAGCAGUGAUGAUGAUGACUAUUCCCUUCUUCUGCUGUACAUUCCUUUGAUUCUGAAGAGAUUGGAGAAGUUGAAAGGCUUUGCUUGUAAUGUUAUUUGUCAAUGGGUACACAUGUACACUCUUAGUGGUAAAAGAUUUAGAGGUUGUUAUGAAUGUUUUAAAUGAUUCACU